GAGUCUGGUCGGUUCGUUCAUCCGAGUCUGGUGAAUGAGUCUGGUCGAUGUCACGAUCAGUAUAUAAGUCUAAUGGAAGAGUAUGGUCGGUUCAUUCGAGUUUGGUGGAUGAGUCUAGUCGAUUUCACGAUCAAUAAAUUUAAAAGAUAAUGACAUGAAUAUUAAUAUAUGAAAAUAUGUUAAAUUAUAAAGUUUCAGAUCCAUCUAUGCUACGGGCAUAUUGAGAUUAAAUAAACAUAAUGUAUGACAAAAACAAAAAAAUUAAUGUAACGGGUCCAAAGAAGGAAAGAAUAGAGUCUGACCUGUAUAUUGCGGCUAAAUAAAAUGCGCGCAUCCGUAGAGCAUCAAAUCCCUGAAUCUCUGAAUCUCAAUCCAACGGACGGCGACGGUGGGAACCGGCGACAGAAGACCGAAGACCGAACAGCGAACCAGAGGGGAGGGUCGUCGCUAUCGCCAUGGUAGAGGACGACGAUGAGGAGAAUUUCGGCCAUUUCAAUUUCGUUAUGAAUCCCAAUCACACCAGCAACCGGACUUCCUCCACAACCCUCGAUGAAGACGAUUGGGGCGAUUUCGUCGACCAUUCUGCUCAGAUCACCGUCGGUGUCGAUCUCUCCGGCGGCCUCUCCCCUGCCCACCCUUCCCCCAAUUCGCUCGGGACUUCAAAUCCCUCCGUCCAGUCCCCCAAGAUCCAGUGGGCGAAGCCUCAGGGGGCUAUUCCGCUCUCCAUUUUUGGUUUGGAGGAAGACGAGGAGGAGGAGUUGGGAUCCGGCGUAGUCGAUUCUGGUCGCGGAUUUGGUGAAAUUUCGUUUGCCGGGAGAGAGAGCGGUUCGGCAAGGAAUUCCGGUGUUGGGGUUGAGAUUAAUGAUCUCAUCAUAGCGAAUUUGUAUAGUCCGAACCAGCAGAUCAAAGGCGGAACUGGAAGUCCGUUGAAAUCGAACAUGGAGUUCGAUCCUCUGAACUUCAACAAUUCCUUGAAUUUGAAAUCCAAUGGCUCCGAUUUGAAUGUUAAUGGUGUACAUUCUUAUUCGAACCGAACAAAUUUUGAUGGUGAUUCUUUAAAUUUUGAAGUUAAUGGAGUGAAGCCAAAUGGGUUCCAUUCCGACCUGACAAACGUGGCAGAGAGCAUUGAGGAUGAUGGUGAGGAGGUGGACGAUUUUGAUGGAUGGGAAUUUAAGGCUGCAGAGUCAGUAAUGCCGACGGGUGAUGAUCAGAAAUCUAAGGUUGACGGGAAAGGCCAAGAAGGUUUCAAUGGAGUAGCACAGGCAUUUGAAUUCGUAAUCAAUGGACAUAACCAUGGAGGUUCAACUGUUCAAUCAAAUGGAGCUGUUAACAACAUAGAUAAAUGGGACUUUGGUUUUAGUCUUGAUCCAAGUCCUGUGGCUCAACAUGGCACCUUAUCAAAUGCACAAAAUAAAAAUGGUCAGAAUGAUCCAGAUAAUGGUUUUAACCUUUCUCCUAUUGAUCGGAAUGCCAAUACUGACGAACAUGUAUGGGAUUUCAAGGAUGCUUUUUCUGAUGCAUCGGACUAUAAGUUGGAAGAGUCGAAGCCUGUCACCGUUCCUCCUAAUGGUGUAGUGGCACUUGUUUUGAAUGGAAGUGUGGAUAUCUCUUUGUUUGCUGCUGAUGGGAUUUCUCACAAAUCUAGUGAACAACAAAAUUUCAACUUAAAUUUCAAGCCAAAUUGGGGGCAAGAAGACAGGAAGCUUGGAAACCAGGACAGUAACUUCCAUGAUACCGGGAAAGAUUUAAAGACUUCCCCUGUAAAUGAGAAUGAUGAUUUCAAUGAGAAUACUUGGGAUUUCAAGUCUGCAGUUACAGAUUCUGGGUCAAACAAUGAGGGAGAGCCAGGGGAAUCUGUGGCUGGUUUUGAAGCACCUGCUUUUAGUUUUAGCAGUAAUCAGAAGAAUUUGGAAUCAUGGUCCAAUCACCAAAAAGCCUUGCCCUUGUCCAUUUUUGGAGAUGAGGAGCUGGAAACUAAUGAUGAUUUCUCGAUAAAUCAAGAUCCUUCUACCUGUAUAUCUGUCACUCAUGAAGGACAUUAUAGCAAGAAUCCCAGUUCUAAUGUAUCUAUCAAUGAUUUGAUAUCAAGUCUAUAUAGCCAAGCUGAGAAGAAUGGUUCUAUCAAUUAUUCACCAGAAGAAAAUGAUAAUGGGAUCAAUUCAUCAUCAAGGAUGUCCCGUUCUGAUUUAGGCAAUGAUGAUGAUGAUGAUUCCUGGGAAUUUAAGGAUGCAUCACCGGAUAUUAAUGUGCCAGAUCAAAUUUACGUUACUGUUCUUGGAGAUUUACCUAAGCAGUCAUCUACUGGACUACAGUUUGAUUGUUACAUGGAUUUCUAUUACAAAUUAAAUCUUGCUUUGAACCCUGUUGUUCAUGGCCUUCUUGAGAAUUUAAAGAAAGCUCAAAGUAUUGCCUCUCUUUCUGGUGAAGAUGCAAAAUCAAAAGCCAUUUAUGAAGAAAUUCAGAAUUUCAGCGCCGAACUGUCGCAAGAGAACUUGAUAGCUGAGAACGUCUCAUCUGAGUUUCUCCUUCCAAGGGAUAAUUCUUUCAAUGAGCUCUUUGAAAUGUUGCGGGAUCCAAGGUUCCAAAUGCUUGACAAAGAAUAUCAUUUGUCAAAAAGGUUACUAUUGGCAGAAAAUGAUUUGAGAUCAGCUAUUGAGCUCUUGAAACAUGUUGUGUCAACUCUGAAGAUUCUCAAACUUGUAUCUGUGGAGGAGCAAUCUAAUUAUGUUUCCAUAUGGUACCAAAUGGUGUUUGUUUGUUUUCAUGAAUUAAAACACGGUGCCUUGAUUUGGAAGGAAUCCGUACUGAGAAAUGUUGAAAGUUACAUAUUAUCUGAACCUCAAGGAAAACAGUAUAUCUGCGCCCUCAGUGAGAUUUAUAGAGUAGUUCAAGUGCUUUGGGCCACGGUUAAACUUUACAAGCCAUGGAUACUGUUAGGUUAUGUUGAUUCCAGUGGCUUGAUUUCUCUUCUAAAUGAGUGCUCCGCUUUUUGGUCAAGUUCAGGACUCGUUGGAGCUCUCUGCAAGAUAGAUGAUCCUACUGAUUGCAAAGCAGUGUUGGAUUCUAUCGAUUUUAUUCAAAAUCUUGAUGAAUGGGGUCUGAGAAAGCACGUUCUCUCAGGACAACAACCUACUUGUUGUCUAUCACUCAUAAGUGCUGAAUCAAUUCCAGGAUUGGAAUUGGUGGUCUGGAAUGGGGAGAACUACUUUUUGAAGCUUGCAAACUUAUGGGCAAAUCUAAUACGUCGAGAUCCCCCGUUCAUUCGAUACCCAAGUAGUAGGUGAUAAGAGAAUGAAAGCCAUAUUGUGUUUUGUAUAACAUCCUGGAUGGUGUGGCUGGCUGUGGCUGUUGCUAUUUUAUCUGAACAAGGUUCUUCAGGUCUCGUCCCGGCUGGUCAUCCGUGCCAAUGUUCAUUAGGAAAUGCUAGAUGAUCUCGCAUCUUGAGAUGACAGUAAAAAAGGAGAAUCACUUCUGGGUUUUCAAAUUGAUCAAAUAAACCCAUCUGGGGUCUCUUGGGAUCCAGUUUCCAACCCAUACUCCGCCAUUCUUUUGAAGAGCUACAGGCGUAGCGAUUCGAUGAUGUUUCGUAUUUGUAUCAUAUUAUGCCGUCCAGAACUGGAUGGAUUCAGAACACCACCAUACAUAGAGAGAAAUCAUAUUGGAGAUCAUUUUUGUUACAUUAUUAUUUUUUUUCUUGUUAAUCCAUUCGGUUCUUGUUUAAAUGUUAUAUUUCUAGUUCAGAGUCCCAGAAUCAGAACAAUCACUGUUAUUAGUGGAACUUUGUACACUGUAUAUAUAGCUUUUGUUUUUUCCCAGAACCAUUGUGGUAUUUAUAGUCUGUGAAGUCCAUUGUUUUAACAGUUUGUACCAAAAUAUAUUGUGUUACUAUUAGAAUA